AUGCGGCGCAUCAUCGCCGCCCUCUUCAACAGCAGCACCCUGCCGACUGUUGUAAAGAUGGCGUCCAUCAUGGAGGGGCCGCUAAGCAAGUGGACUAACGUCAUGAAAGGGUGGCAGUACCGUUGGUUCGUGUUGGACUACAACGCCGGUUUGCUGUCAUACUACACGUCGAAGGACAAGAUGAUGCGGGGAUCCAGAAGAGGCUGUGUGCGACUCAGGGGAGCUGUGAUCGGCAUCGAUGACGAGGACGACAGCACAUUCACUAUUACUGUGGACCAGAAGACUUUUCAUUUCCAAGCCCGAGAUGCAGAUGAGCGGGAGAAGUGGAUCCACGCCUUAGAGGGAACCAUCCUCCGUCACACCCUCCAGCUCCGAGAGGCAGAGACGGGAUUAGUUCCAAGUGUUCAAGACUUUGAUAAGAAGCUCGCUGAAGCGGACGCCUACCUCCAGAUUCUGAUUGACCAGUUGAAGCUGUUUGAUGACAAGAUCAAGGACUGCAAAGAGGAUGAAUCACGCAGAAAAAUUGAAAUUUUGAAGGAGACCACUUGUAGCAUGGUAGAGUCCAUCAAGCACUGUAUUGUACUGCUGCAAAUCGCCAAGGACCAAAGUAACGAACAGCAACACGCAAACGGACUUAUAAGCACCAUCAACCCAGUGGAUGGGAUCUACCAACCCCCUCUGGACACUGCUGCAGUCAACAACACGAUGCCAACACAAACCGAACUACCCACAGACGCUUCUCAGGUGUGUAAAUCAGACCAACGCCCCUCCACGUUGCCCGUUGGUCCCGUCGUCACGGUGAUGGGCAGUCUGCAGACUCCAACUCCCAACAGCACAGGGAGUGGCCCGUCAGGCUCCAGCAGCGGCGUCGCCUCCCCGGCUCACAUGCCCCUCCCCUCGCACUCGGUGCCAGACUUCUCUUAUUCCUCCAGCGAGGAUGAGUUCUACGAUGCUGACGAGUUCUACCAGAGCAACACUUCCCCCAAACACUGCAUAGAUCCCUCAGGGUCUCAAGCUGCAUCGCCUCUCAACAAUGAAGGACUGAAACGACCAAACACCACCGAGUCCCUGAACUCAUCCAUGUCCAACGGCACCACAGAUGCAGACCAGUUUGACAGCCAUGAUGACCGCGAUGAUGAAGGUGAGGGCGAGUCUGUGGAGGAGCACAAGAGCGUCAUCAUGCAUCUUCUCUCUCAAGUUCGUUUGGGCAUGGACCUCACGAAGGUGGUCCUGCCCACUUUCAUCCUCGAGAGGAGAUCUUUGUUAGAAAUGUACGCAGACUUCUUUGCACAUCCAGACUUAUUUGUAAGUAUCGCCGAGCAGCUGGAGGCCCGGGAGCGCAUGGUUUACGUGGUGAAGUGGUACCUGUCGGCUUUCCAUGCAGGGAGGAAAGGUUCAGUGGCCAAGAAACCCUACAACCCAAUCCUGGGAGAAGUCUUCUACUGCCACUGGGACCUGGCCAGCGAGACCGAGGAGCCUUCCACACUCACGGAGACGGUAUCAGAAGGUCCAGUACCGUGGUCUUCAUCCAACAGUGUGUGUUUUGUGGCAGAGCAGGUCUCUCACCACCCACCCAGUAAGUGUGGAUCCUGUUGAUGUUAUG